GUACAAGCACGCAUACAGCGCCAGUAAUUCUUCGAUCUUCGAGUACAACCGACGGUAUACAAGACGAUGAGCUCCCAAGAACCGCCUUAUCCUCCGUCCGGAAAUUAUGUGAGCGCAGUCAAAGAGUCGAGUGCAUCAUUGUGCCAGAAAGCUGGGGUCAAGGUACCUCCUGAGUCCAUCGAUCGCCUUUUGCGCUCUCCGGCGUUCAAGAGCUCCUUCAAACGUGUUUCGGCAGUCCAUGGCCUUGCCUUUCCCCUCAAGUUCCCUUCGAUAGUCUCAGAGCUCAACUUCCUAUCCCUUUUGUCUCUCUUAAACUUUGCGUCUGGCUACCGCGCCGUCCUGCACGAGCAAACUGGCAGAGGAGCAUGGGAUAACAUCAGAGCUUUUGCUUUCUCUCUUUACAUCUCUUCCUCCACAGGCCAAGGGGACUAUCUAUCCGCUGCAGGCAUGCGCAGCAUUGGCGAAGCCAAAGUAGCUGAGCUCAUGGGCGUAAAUAUCCAAGUUGAGCGCCCGCAUGAAGGACUCCCGGGAGUGACUAUCGGAAAGCUGGGUGGCCCAGCAUACGAGUUAGUGAAGCUCAUAGACAUGACCUUGAAGGAGACUGGCAAGGUCUUGCAAGAGAAUAGGUAUCCUGACCUCGGGUCAUUCGUCCUUGAGGCCUUGAAAAGUGGUGCCAAUUCUGCAAACGGGCACCUGGAUUCUGUUCUCGAGAAACUCGUUCGAGCAAUCCCGGGGUUCCGAGAUAUGGCGAUUGUUGAGGGUCAACCCGUCUAUUGCUUCAAGAAAGCUCUUUUCUUGAUCCAUGCUGUGAAGAUACGAUUUGGAGAAUUAUCGACAUCCCCUUUCCCCAUCCCCGAUACCAUCCAAAGUCCGGUAUUCACCGACAACGUUUUGCCCUCUCUUCUUGUGCACCUUGGCGUCAUCGACCUGUCAGAGGCAACACAAGGUCUCUCGGCUCUUUUCCCGGGUGCUGGCUCGGUCGAAAGGCUGGAAACGCUCCUCGCAGCGGCGCCAGAGGCAGAAGACAAGGCAAAGGUACAGAAACAGUCCCCAAAAGAAGGUCCGAUUCUUUCCACAGAACAAGCCUACAUUCUGCGAGCCGCGGCAAUUUAUGCUUGUGAACGUAUCACUGAAUACGCUCGCACCAUCGACGAGAACUCGCUCGGAGAAGACGAACAGUGGAUCAGGGGCAUCACUUUACCGGAACUGGACAUGUGGAUAUGGGCUGUGGCCAAAGAUAGGCCUGAUUAUCGAGAACUCAAGAGAUUUGCGUUAAGAAACACGGUGUACUUCUAGAUGAGGUCGUUUGCUUCAUCAUAUGAAUCAGGUUGUACGUUAUGGCAAGGCAUUUAUAAUCUAUGUAGCAGCCGGAAUACGUUGAGGAAACAAUAAUCC